UUUGCCGCGAAACAUGUUGAAACUUGCUCGAAUCUCAACUAUAAAAGGUGACGACACGUAAAAGCACUCACUCUACUGUUUGUUUAUCGGCUGACAUUCGUGUUCUCUCUGUACAUACACUAAAACAACAAAUGGAAGACGAAACAAAUUUGGAUCAUUCAGAAUCAAUGCUAGAAGAAAAUUCUUUUUAUUUACCAAGUGGAACUGAUUUGGACACUGAUGUGAAGGAAACAGCGGAUAUCUGUGUAAAAAACAACAGUCUUUUACCAAUGAUUAAGCUUGAGUUAAGAUCUAAGUUACAACUCAAACGACACCAAAACGGUCAAAGCUUGGAUAUUGACGCUGAACCUAAACCGGAAUACAAGAUGUCUCCCACAGAAAUACAACGAAGAAAUGAAAUGAAGAAUAGAAAUAAAGUUGCUGCCAAGAAAUAUCGUGAUAAACAAAGGAUGAAGAAAUUUGAAGAUGAAAAGGUGCUGGAAGAACUGACAACCAAGAAUGAAUAUCUAAGGCAGUUACAGCAAAAACUGUUGUCAAUGGUUAUGGAUCUAAAGGCUCAAGGUAUUCAUGUUAAAGUGGAACCACAUCCAUGAAGAAAGAACCAUCAAGAUGAACUCUGAGAACAACAUUAUAUGGUUUUUAUGAUAAGAUAUAAAAUCCAAGUAGAAGCAAUUGAUGCUUGAUAUACAUUCCUAGAGGAAUGUAAUUGAAUUCUAUACAAUACUUCUGAGAAUAACGAUGUUUUGUGGAAGCUGAUUGACACUGGAUCUCUCUUGUUUAAACCUGAAACAAGAAUGAGAUUAUCACCUGGCUGGUGGCACAUUUCCCAAUAUUCACCUUCUCAGUUACCAAUACAGUCCUUUUUUGGUCAUUUGUAAUAUAAAGUAUAAACGAACAAAAAUAGUAUCCAUGGCAAAGGUAAUAUUGUGGAUAAAAUGAGAAUUACUGAGUAUUGGUUACUAAAAUGUUGAUGGAUAUUCAAGUAUUCAUUCCAUUAUCAGCCAAAAAAUUACUGUAGUACAAUGGUUACAGACCGUGUGUUUUGGGCUAUGUUUUUACAUUUGAAUCUGAUUGUAAAAUUCGAGUUGAAGAUGAAUUGUUUAUAUUAUGAGACAGUUCAAUUUUGUUAAAGUAAUGAAAAUUUUAUAAACAUAGGAAUCAUAUUUUAUCAUUAAUUAUAAAUAAAAAAAACUUUAAAACUUC